UUGCAGGAACUAAUGCAGCCAAAACCUGGGGCCAAUGGAACAGCUGUUACUGAAUUCAUCCUGCUGGGGUUGGUGGAGACGCCAGGGCUGCGGCCAGCUGUCUUUGUACUCUUCCUUCUUGCCUACCUUGUCACUGUCGGGGGCAACCUCAGCAUCCUGGCAGCCAUCUUGGUGGAACCCAAACUCCACACCCCCAUGUACUUCUUCCUGGGGAAUCUAUCAGUGCUGGACAUUGGGUGCAUCACCGUCACUGUUCCCUCGAUGCUGGGUCGUCUCUUGUUCCACAAGCGCACAGUUCCUUAUGCAGCCUGCCUCUCACAGCUUUUCUUCUUCCACCUCUUGGUUGGGGUGGACUGCUUCUUGUUGACAGCCAUGGCCUAUGACCGAUUCCUGGCCAUCUGCCGACCCCUCACUUACAGCACCCGCAUGAGCCCGACAGUCCAGAGGAGACUGGUGGCUGUGUCCUGGGCUUGUGCCUUCUCAAAUGCACUGACCCACACUGUAGCCAUAUCCACACUCAACUUCUGCGGUCCCAGUGUGAUCAACCACUUCUACUGUGACCUCCCGCAGCUCUUCCAGCUCUCCUGCUCUAGCACUCAGCUUAACGAGCUGCUGCUCUUUGGCGUGGGUUUCAUAAUGGCAGGUACCCCCCUGGCUCUUGUUGUCACCUCCUACAUUCAUGUGGCAGCUGCAGUUCUACGAAUUCGCUCAGCGGAGGGCAGGAAGAAAGCCUUCUCCACGUGUGGCUCCCAUCUCACGGUGGUUGCCAUAUUCUAUGGUUCAGGUAUCUUUAACUACAUGCGACUAGGUUCAGCCAAGCUUUCAGAUAAGGAUAAAGCUGUUGGAAUUUUUAACACUGUAGCCAACCCCAUGCUGAAUCCAAUCAUCUACAGCCUCAGGAACCCUGAUGUUCAGGGUGCCCUCUGGCGGGUGAUCAAGGGGAGGUGGUCACUGGUGUGA